AUGGACGACGUUCCGCUGAUCUUCAAGAACUUCUCCGCGGCCGGCUACCUGACCACCUACAUUGAGAACAUGCCCAACUGGGGUCUGUGGACGUACCACCAGAAGAAUGGCUUCGGAAAGCAGCAACCGCUCGAAUAUCUGAUGCGCCCGGUGAAUAUUCUCGUCUACAAGGACAUGAAGAAUGGCUACUGCUACAAGGACCGCCUGGAGAUGGAGCUCUACUACGACUUCCUGCUGGACCAGAUGCGGGCCUUCCGGGAGCGGAAGAGCCGCUUCCUUACCUUCAUCCACAUGGGCGCCAUCUCGCAUGAUCACUUCAACUACGCCCAGUAUGCGGACGGGCCGAUGACUCGCUUCAUGAGGCGGAUCUUCGCCGAGCACCUCCACAAUGACACGCUCAUAAUCUUCUACUCUGACCACGGGAUUCGCUUCGGGAAGAUCGUCCAGACGGACAGCGGCUUCCAGGAGUCACGGAUGCCCUUCAUGUUCUUCCGUCUUCCCCAGAUGAUGAGGCUGAAGGAUGAGCGGGGGCGGUGGCAGGACUCCGAGCAGCUUCGAGCCAUCUUCCGGCUGAACACUCGUCGGCUGACGAGUCAGUUUGAUGUCCACGCGACGCUGAGACAUCUUCUAGAUGAGGAGCCGCCGAGGGAUGAGAAGUACGGGCACUCGCUCUUCUCGCCCAUCCCGCUGAAUCGAACCUGCGAGCAGGCGGGCAUUCCCGACGAGUACUGCACCUGUGGCCCCUUCUCGGUGCUCAAGGAGCAGAAGAUUUUGAAGCCACUCUCGGGGUACAUGGUCGACUACCUCAAUGGACGGCUGAAGCCGUUCAAAGCCAAGUGCGCCGAACUGUCGCUGGACACCGUUCUGAAGGCGAAGAUGUCCGGAGAGCUGGCUCCUUUGAAGUCUUCGAAACGUGGAGGCGGCAAUUCAACGGCUGGCUCCAGACGCCG